UAAAAUUGGAUAAUUUUCCAGUUUGGAUUUCAAGCCUGCAUGGACUGAAUCGUGGAGAAGAUAUGACUUCUAUCUGGGAUGUUUUCUUCACGGUGAUUUUAGCGAGCAUUACUAUAAGCGCAGCGUUUAAACAGAGCCAGAAGUCGCGGAAUCGUCCGGAGCCGAGUUUUGUUUCCAUAGAGACCAACUUCACGUUCACAGAAGGCGAUCUGGCCAGACUCAGAUGCUCAGUCAGUAACUUGGGAACCAAAAAGGUGAUCUGGCGCCGCAUGUCCGACCCGAACCCACUGACGAUCGGACAGCGGACGUUCGUGGAGGACCGGCGGAUCACGGUGGAGCACUCCCCCCUCCACCCCGACUGGAACCUCAUCAUCAAACAGGUGCGGCGGGACGACGCGGGGGUGUACGAGUGUCAGGUCAGCUCCAGGUCAAGGUUUCUGCGCUGGAAUGUCAGUCUGUAUGUCAUCGCCAGGACAACUCCACGGCGAAUAAAACCAGCGGCGCGAAAUGGAACUGCAGCCAUUAAAAUUAAAGGUGCAAAAUACGUGGAAAAAGGAAUGAACGUUCGACUGACCUGCAAUGCCACGGGUGCCGUCCACCCUCCGGACGAAAUAGACUGGUUCAAGAAUGGUGAUAAGCUGGAAACAAACUAUGCAAGGAAAGUGUAUAUUCAAAAACGUGUUUCCUUGACAACAAGGACUAUUUUAAGCAUCCUUGAAAUAAAAAAUGCCAAGAUGACCGACGCAGGGUUGUACAUAUGUCGCACGUCGGACUUGCAGAUCAAAAGUAGAAGGGUUAACGUUCUCAAUGCCGAGACUGUUAACGUGAAGAGAGGAACGGAACAUGAAUCGGAAAACGCUUCUGGUUUCAAGGACGGACACGCGUUAAAAGCUGUUAAUGGAAAAGCAUCUUCCAGUAAACUUUCCAUUCAUGCUGAAUUAGUAUCUUUUCUGACUUUCGUUACGGUUGUGAGUUGGGAACACUGGCCAACACUGUAUCCAGUUUGACAGGAAGUUAUCUCAGGAUUGUUAAAAACAAAGGGAAAAAACCCAGAAACAAAAAACAUUUAUGUGUUCUACAUCCUCUGUUCAUUUUACUUCUUCCUGUUGGAAAGGUAGAGUAAAUUAAAAGCCAUGAUAUCAGAUUAUUUGCGCUUCUCAGUAAAAUAAAUAUUGCGAUACGUAUGCCUGUAGCAUACAAAGAGCCAUGCUAUUUUGGCGUGGAAACUUAAUGUACUAAUAUUAGAUGUCGAAUUAUUUUACCCAAGGGAAAAAGGAACAACGAACACAUUAUUGUCUCAUAAAGUGGUGCAGAAUGGAUUUGUGAUUCUUUGAUAUAAAGCCUGGUUACCAUAAAAUAUGUAAUGCACGCACAUCGUCGCAGACUAAUGGCAGUUUGAUAGAGACAGUUUACAUUUGCAUGGACACAUCAUAUGCCCGUCAGGUCCGUAGCAAGACUAAACAACACAAGACAAUACAAGAUAAGACAACACAAGCUUUAUUCAGUAUUAAGGUCACUGACCCAAAACACAUAAUAACAGCGCAAACAACUUUGUCGCAUGCAUAUGGUACUUCACAGAGCAUCAUCACCAUGCAGUCAGGUCAUAAACAACACGAUACAGAGCUAUUGAUAAAUUAUUAAUCACUAGAUCAUGUAUUGAUGUCAGCGUGACAUAACAUAAUCAACGGUGGUGCAUGUGAACUUUUAUCA